AUGAUGGAAGUCGCCAAUGGCCCGCAUUAUGGCAGAAAUACGGAAAUAUCAAGAGGUACGAUUCCCGGUGUUCGUCCCCCAUCGCUUAAAUUGCACAACCAAGCGCCUAACCAGCUGAGGCCAACAAACGCGCUGCCCAGUCGUAGAAAAUUAUCCGACUUCAACGGACGAGAAGCUUCCCUUCAGAACGCUCUGAAUCAAGUGGACUUGAGUCAUCUGAGCGAAGAGGAGAGAAAUAAGGUUCUCAGUGUUGUCCAACGUGACUUGGCAAUACGUUGCUUGGAAAAAGAACGUUUGCAACGCUUCCGAUCGAGCCUUCUACGACGCGAUAGAGAAGUAGCGUCUAGAUGUCAAGAGCUAGCUGAAAGUUCCCACUGCCUCCUUUGUGGACAGAAAUUCAUCAUACUACUUAAUCCCAGAGUAAUGUGCGCCAAUUGCAACCGACCCAUUUGCCGAAGAUGUUCUGAAGCUGUGAAUGAAAUCGGUGGUGUUUUAUGCAAACUUUGUCUCAAAGAAACGGGAUAUCGCGCAAUGCGUUGCAACUGGUUCUACGACACAGUGGUCACCCGGUUUAGGGAAUUUGGGAGCACGGCGGUUGCGAAGAGUAUCUUUGGAGACAAACUUAAACAUAUACAGCAUCUUGCAGAAGAUGAAUUGGUCAACAUCAUUUCUAAAUACGGACGGAGCGAGAGUUCGGAUGGGGGAAUCGUCAACAAUCAGAAGACAUCUCAGUCAGUGGACCCACUGAAGGAAGCGCAAUUAACCAAGCUACGAACUAGCUUACUCACGCUCAUGCAAAACACCUUAGAGGAAUACAAAAAAGUCGACCAGAACACCAGCUUGACUGCUCAACAAAGGUACUGGCAGUCUGGUCGUAUCGGUGUGGAGUUUCGAAAAGAAGCCGCAGUUCGAAUGCGCACGUUUUGCCAAUCCCUGUACAUCACCACAGAGAGGCAUCGUACAAUGCAAGGCAAUAGCAGUCGCCACCUAACACAAUACGUGAUGAGUACGUUGCAGGAUGAGAUCAGCAAAAUUGUUGGACACAGAGUUCAGGAUCAAGCUGAUAUUAUAUCAACUGCCUCAGACGACGAUCUGGACUCGGUGGUGCCUGCUGAACGCGAGGGAGUGGAAGAUCGUUUAGCCCAAGAGCUGUUAGACAAAGUGCUGCAAGACCGACGACGAGGUCAAUUGCCAGUCACAGCAUCCAGUGCACAGUUGCAACAGCGCAUACCGAAUGGUAAUUCCUCAACGGCAAACGGAAUACAUGCCAUCCAACUUGCACCGGAUGACGCCUCGGACGUAGAGUUUGGUCCUACAGCCACUGUCGAACACGUCAAAGUAAUUGAAGGUUUCCCCACAAGAAUGGAGGUUAAAGUCGAUUUUCAUGAAGGACACGACUUCAAGUGGCUCUACGUGACGCAGGAUGGGACUCGAAUGCCGGUGAAAUUUGACUUCCACCUCGAGCACGUAAUCACUGCAACCACAGAUCACGAUGCCAAGGAGCCAUUCGUUUUGUCAAACUCCGGUCAUGUUGGAUCAGAUACACUAAAGACGCUGGUUGAAACACAUAAGCGCUUACUAGCGCUUGGUGUGCCCCACGGUGUAAUCAUUGAACAUCAUUUAAUCAUAUGGGCAGCCAAGUUGGAGGACUCCGGUAGGUACAUUGCAGUGGCUCGAACCCAGGCCGCUGGAGGCAUGUCAGCGCUGACGGAGACUGAGUUCCAGCUAGAAGUUGAACAGUCGCACCGCUGGCCAAUGCAUCCCCUUCACUGCCCGGAGUUUGUACAGCCACUUUCAAAGCAAUUAACUACUGACAGUGAAGGCAACAGUUACCUCGAAUUGAACUGUGCAAUUGCCGGCAAUCCAACGCCACGGUGCCUUUUUUACCGUAACAAUUCUCCCGUCCCAGUGGUCAUCAUGCCACUUCUGACCAGUGAACAAGACAAAACGGAUAUCUUCUUGAGUUCAUUCUCCCGCAAAUACACGGUGAUCUCAUCCCCAUGCAGACAGAUGGUUGCCGCUAUGUCUGUGGGAUAUUUGCGAAGCUUAACACUGCGCAUCAAUCGUCCGGGUGCGGAGGAUGUGGCGAAUUACACUUGUCGUGCCUGGAAUUUCCACGGACGUGUGGAGACCAGUGGCCGUAUCACGGCUAGCGACUUAGAAUCUAACCGCUUUGAACAAAGCAACUUGCCAGACCAUCAGAACCAGUUGAAAUCUAACGUUCCGAAUGCAAAAACGGGUGCCCAGCGUAUUCCUGAAAAGCCCGGUGACGGACGGUCACUACAAAAUUCCCAAGACGUAAAAACCCCAGUGGUUCAAAACAAAAACCACAAUUACGCCCAAGAUAAGCCACAGAAGGGGAAAUUCGUUGAAAGCAAUGCUUUGAGUAAAUGGGAUCGGCCAGAAACUCCUUCGUAUCCUCGGACUGACCGAAAUGGCAACUCAGUGAUUAUCAGCCGUCCUGUAGCAAGUCCCCAAACACAAAGAGAUAAGCAGAAACUCGAAGUGAUUAACGAAAAACCCAUUUCAAACGAACUCGAGUAUUCAAAAUCAGCCAACUCUGCUCAGCCACCUUCACCUACUUCUUCGGUGUUCAGUGACACCUCGAGCAUCUGGGAAUCCCCAUUUGUACGAACUCAAUCUAGGCGAGUUUCUGGGCCACGAGUUGUUAUCGACAGACGUUCCAAGAGGCGUAGCAGAUGCGGAAGUGCUGCCUCCAUUAUCAGCAUGGAAAACGAGAUACCCUGA